UUCUGGUUUCCCCCUCUCCAUGGGCACCAGUAGCCGUGGAGCUGUUUGCGCUCUCUGGCCCGAGGCGGAGACUGUUCCGGGACUUGGCAGCGCCGCAGGAGCAUAAAUCCAGGUCCUAGUUUGCCAUCUCAAGUGAAAUGUAAAGCAGGAGGCCCCGUGUGCAGGCUGCAGGUGAAGCGAGAGGGGCGGGCGGGCGGUGUUUAAUGCCGCACGGGCCGACGGGACGCAUAUCAGCCACAUCUCUCCCGCUGGGCCGCUGGUACGCCGACGCGUCAGAUAUAUCCAGAGGGCUGCAGAGAGAACGAGAGAGUGGAGAGAGAGUGUGUGAGAGAGAGAGAGAGCGCGCACUUCGCUGCGCUCGCCGCCUCCGCGCGUCAUGGCUCCGCGCUGCGCUCACCCGGUCGCCCUCAUCGCGCUGCUGCUGUUCGGGCUCGUGGCCCUCCUGCUGCUGACCAUCACCACCGAGGACGUGCGGGAGGCGCCGGUGUUCAUGUACGGGAUCGUCUUGGACGCCGGCUCGUCGCACACAGCGCUCUACAUAUACAAGUGGCCAGCGGACAAGCAAAACGGCACCGGCGUGGUCACCCAGCACGGCGAAUGUCACUUUCACGGCGGAGGGAUCUCCAGCUAUGCGGGCCAACAGGGAGCAGCAGGCCGGAGCCUGGAGGCGUGUCUGGACCAGGCAGUGAAGGACAUCCCCAAAGAGAGACACCGGCUCACGCCUGUGUACCUGGGAGCCACCGCUGGCAUGAGGCUUCUGCACAUGUCGAGCCCGGAGCUGUCGGCUCAGAUUCUGCAGGAAGUGGGAAACAAGAUCCAGUCGUACCCUUUCAACUUCCAGGGGGCGACCGUCCUGAGCGGUCAGAGCGAGGGGGCGUACGGCUGGGUCACCGUCAACUACCUCCUGGAGAACUUCAUCAAGUAUGGUUUCGUGGGGCGCUGGCUCAGCCCCGGCAGGCCCACGGUGGGAGCGCUUGAUUUCGGCGGGGCGUCCACCCAGAUAACCUUUGCGACCGGGGAGGAGGUGGAGAACGAGCGCGACGUGAUGAAGAUGCGCCUGUACGGCCAGGAGUACUCGCUGUACACGCACAGCUUCCUGUGCUACGGCCAGGACCAGAUGCUCAAGAGGCUGCUGGCUCACAUCGUGAAGUCUCAGGGUUACUCCGGGUCAGUCACCCACCCCUGCUACCCGGCGGGCCACAACAGAACUCUCCAGCUGACCAGUGUCUUCAACUCCCCGUGUACCGCCCAGUACAAACCCAGCUCCCCCGACCCCCAGGCCACGCUCACCGUACACGGCAGCGGACAUUACGAACGCUGUCUGGGCAACGUGUCGCAGAUCUUCUCCUUCCAGCGCUGCCCGUACUCACGCUGCUCCUUCGAUGGAGUCUUCCAGCCCAAUGUGUCCGGUAGCUUCAUGGCGUUCUCCGCGUUCUACCACGUUCACUCCUUCCUGCAGCGGACCACCAGCAUCGCGGCGAGCACGCCGUCGCAGCUGGCGGACGCGUCCAAGGCCGUGUGCGGCAUGACCGUCAAAGAAAUGCUUCUCCUCGCGCCGGAGCAAUCGUCUCGCCUGCAGGACUACUGCGCCAUCUCCGUGUUCGUCAAGGUCCUCAUGAUGAGGGGCUACGGCUUCGACGACACGUCGUUCCCACGCAUCGCCUUCCAGAAGAAGGCGGGGGACGCCUCGGUGGGUUGGGCUCUGGGCUACAUGCUCAGGCUGAGCAGCUUGCUGCCGGCGGAGAGGGAGGUGCUGAGGAAGGCCCUGACCCCGGGGACGUGGGGAGCGCUCAUCGGCCUCUUCGUCCUCCUGCUCGCCGCCGUCCUCGUCUUCAUCAUACUCCAGGCCCGCGGCGGGAAGAAGAAGAGCGCCGGCGAAAGCCCCAUCUAGACACUAAGCAGGACGCUGCUGGUGCUAAAGCUGAACUGGAUCUUUAUUUCAAAGGUUCCGGUGUGUCGCAUUGCAGAAGUGGAAUAUAAUAUACGUAACUAUGUCUUUAUUAGUUAUAUAAUCACCUGAAACUAAGAAUCCUUGUGUUUUCCUGACCGUAGAAUGAGCCUUUACUAUCUUCGGGAAUAUGGAACUGUACAUAUUUUCAUAUACAUGUUCUCCAAGGCAUGAGUGCACUGCGUAAAAACAACCCCAGCUUUAACUUCACAGUCCUUUUUUUGCUUUUUUUUGUCAUUUCAAAUCCAUUGUAUUGCGGUACAGAGCCGACACAAUGGAAACGUGCCGCUGAGCGUAUCCCGUCUCUGAUUGGCUGUCGGUUUUAAGAACGCGGCACUACAGCGGAGGUCGUCUGAAUGUCGUUUCUGUUCUUUGAAAAGGCCAAACAACUUUUGAUUGUAUAUGGAUUUUUUUUAAUGUCCAGGUUUUUGUGACUACUUUUGUGUGAUUACUCUGAGGCUCACUGGAGAUAAUGAUCAGCAAUCACUAUUUCAUUUUUUCUCCUUCAAUAUAUUUCAUAUCGACACAUUUCCAAAUGUGGUAGAAAAUAGCUUUUGAAUCACUUGCAUAUGUAUUUUGUCUUAUUGAUGUCUAUUAAUAGCACAACCUCCUUUGACAAUACACAGGGGACGGAUUACUGGACAAAACUGGCAUCUAACUCUCGAAUUAACCGCUUUACUUUAGCCAAUAGAAGUAAUUAUCAGUUUUUUGCUGAUAAUGUUGCAUUACACACUACUUAUAUUGCAUGUAUUGGGCCCACGCCCUCUGCAUUAUGCAUUAUGCAUUAUAUGCUGAAGAGAAAUUAAAGCAAUUUAUUCCUCAAAAAAUAUUAAAAGCCAAAUGCCACUCUUGACUUUUUUACAAAAAACUUCCCAGAUAGCCCUCGCAUUUUCAAUAUAUAUUGUGGUACAUUUCAAAUAACUAUUGUUGCAUUAUAUGUUUUUUUUUCUAAAAAAGAAACAACAAUCCUGCUGAGAACUGGUACAGUUAUUGUCCCGUCAAUUGUGGAAACACAUUUAAUUAAUUUUACUCCAACAUUUUCACUAGAAUUAGCCACCUUAAAGGAAUAAUUCCUAUUAAGUCAAUGUGAAUGUUGUAUGAUGUUAUCAUGUCGUUGCAUCGCUCUGUGUGGUCGUGUGUUUUUUAACAAAACAAAUGUGUUGUUACGGUAUUUGUGUCCUUUCCACUCGUUUGCGCCUUUCCUUUCUCGGUCUGCUCUGGACGACAACUACCAAAAUACUUUCCUCGACAAAAGUAUUUGCCUAGUUCUGAUGACUUCUUGCCUUCAAAAUAAAUUCUAUUUUAGAUAG